CGGAUUUUCGAAGAGCGCGUUGCCUUCCUCCUUCCUAUCGUUCGGCCAAGCUCUAUUGACCUCGUUUUAAAACUCUCACGUGGGAGCGUUACACCCCUAUCCGUUUGGAGAAGAAGAAAAAAACGUCCGGAAACAUCAAAAUCACGCUGCUAUCACAAUCGCCGCACGUCUGUCCACAGGAAACCCAAGACAAGUACAGGUCAGUGACGUCACAAAGCUAUAUCUUUGAUGUAUGUUGGACUCCUUGGUUUAGUAUCUGUUCAUCGCCUUUAAUGAACAGCAGACUUAAGCUCUCUGACAAAUUCUUGUCUCUACAGGACGAGUACCGAGUCUUGAGUAAUGAAUAACAUGUUUGCGUGUUUUAAUGCGCUGAAUUUUGGUCUGUGUUUCAUCGUGUGUUUCGCUCUCACCGCUGUUGAGAGCAAAACGAAGCAUUCGUCAGCUCUUGAGCGUCAAGAGCAUCUAUUGAGGUCAUUACCUUCGUAUGAGAUUGACUACCCAACACAGGUUACCCACAAUGGAAGAUUUGUUCGUCACGUGACAACCUCCGCCAGACAUCGGUCCCGGAGAAGCAUCCGGAAUGAUGACGGUUACCCUGUGCACUACAGCCUUAGUUUUGGUGGAAAAAUCUACCAAAUGAGAUUACAUGUGAAUGACAAACUACUUGGCUCCGGCUUUGUUGUUGAAAGACACAAAAAAGGCGGGAAAAUCGAGAGAAGCUCAGUGGUGGAGAAUUGCUACUUAGUCGGCGAGGUCCAGGGCUCUUUGCAUAGCGCGGCCAUCAGCGACUGCGAGGGACUGGAGGGUAUAAUCGACAUAGGCGUUGACGUCAUAUACAUCGAGCCAAUCAUGAACGAGACAUCAUAUCGAGGCACCGGAAGAAAUGGGACCGGGAAGCCUCACUUACUUUACUUAAAGUCCAUGCUGAACAAGAUGGAUGACGUGAAUGUAGACUUAGUGGACGACUUUUUGCCAGCGGUUUCCGCGCAUGCGCCAGGCCGCCAGACUGCAUUUCGUUACGAAGCAGCCAGCUCGUACAUCAACAUUGUGAACAAGGCCGAAAGACCUGUUAAUGUGUUUUACAUUAGUGGUGCCGCGGAAGUUCUGUUCUCACGGUUUGGAUACGACGAGCACCAAAACGUGAACACCUAUACAAGUCACAAGUGGGUCGCGAGGGACGAGGCCACGAACAAGACAUUACUGAUAGGUGGCAAGGAGGUCUACAGUCCACCAGCCAAUACUAACAAUGACAGGCUAAGCGUACACAUCACGGUACCAAAGGGAUUGAAGCUACCGAAGUAUGAGAAGCCUGCUCCCCCUGACAGCCAUUUGAGUAUCGUGAACCACGCGGGUCGAUUUGUACAGCUGUAUUAUAUCGGCGAAAGCAAAGAGCAAAAAAUAUUCGCAACCUUGGCUCCUGGCGAAACUCAAAGAAUCAAUACAUAUUCGGGGCACAAGUGGCAUGCCUUCGAUUACGACUCGGAGAAGCCGAUAUGGUUGAACGGUGGUGUCGUGUACGUGGCUCAAAAGAGUUCUAGAGCAGACCGCCUCACUGUUCUCGUCACUAUACCACCUUUUUUGCGCCUCCCGGAGAUCGAUGUCUUCCCUGAACUCCUUGAUAAGCCACCCAAAUACAUAGAGGUCAUGGUAGCCGCAGACACGACGGUCGUGAAGCAUCAUGGGAAGCAUCGCGUGGAACGUUAUAUACUGACGCUCAUGAAUAUUGUUUCUCGUAUUUUCCAGCACAAAUCAAUAGGAGUAAAGAUCUACUUUGUGAUCGUCCGAUUAAUGAUUCUGGAAGAAGAUCCGAAGCACGUCAAGAUCACACGGAGCCCAAUGGACAGCUUACUGCGCGUGUGUUACUGGGGACACAAGAUGAGAACGGGAUGGGAUAAGACUUCCAAAACCUUUUACGAUCAGACUGUGUAUCUUACCAAGAAAGAUUUUGGACCAUCUGGCUAUGCGCCAGUGUCUAGCGUGUGUACGCGGACUCGAAGCUGUACCCUUAACGAUGAGGACGGAUUCACAUCAAGCUUUAUCAUUGCGCACGAAACUGGCCACACACUAGGAAUGGAACACGACGGGUUAAACAAUGACUGCAUCAAAGAUCGUAUCAAAGGCAGCAUCAUGGCCCCGCUAGUACGAUCCAAGUUUGACCGGUUUUACUGGUCGCCUUGUAGCCGGAAAGAGCUUGUACAGAACUAUGACCGUCUGUGGUGCUUGGAUGACGUUCCGUUUGACUUCAACACGACCUUCAUGGGCAAGCUUGCAGGUCAGGAGUACGACAGAGAUGAGCAGUGUAGAAUGGACUUUGGCGGCGGAUUCAAGGCUUGCACGGCGCAUACCGGUGAUCCAUGCCGUCAGCUGUGGUGUGAUGACUUCUCCUAUGGCAGCUACUGCCGCACUAGACGCACCCCUCCCCUAGAAGGGACUUCCUGUGGACGCAACAAGUGGUGUCGCAUGGGCUAUUGUGUUGUCAUCAAGAAGGACGGCUCAUUCGAGAUCCCGACCCCAAAGCCCACCCCGAAACCCAUACACGGAAACUGGAGCGGCUGGAGUCCCUAUGGCGCGUGUUCGCUGACCUGUGGUACCGGCGUCCGUUAUCGAGCACGAGCGUGCAUCAACCCAAAGCCGCAGCACGGAGGUCUUCCCUGCCAAGGAUCUUCUUACGAGAUCAAUCUAUGUAACACUCAGAAAUGUAUAGGUCUACAACCAUCAUUUAAUCAAGAGAGAGACCGACAGUGCUGGAGCCGAGGCGCGACUGACGAUGAGAAGGACUGGGCACUACACAACAUCUACAAGUUAAGCUUGGACUGUGAUUUUGAGACGGAUCUCUGUGACUGGACAAACUCAAAAGAUGACCACUUUGAAUGGACGGCGUACUCUGGCAAGACGCCAUCGUCCGGAACAGGCCCCUCGUAUGAUCACACAAAGGGCCCGGACGGGAAAGGAACCUAUCUUUACAUCGAGUCUUCCCGCCCGACUGACGUUGGAUGGCGGGCUCGCCUGGUCAGCAGACUCGUGGCGUAUCACGUGACGUGCUUCUCGUUCUGGUAUCACGCGUACGGAGAGGACGAUCAUUUCGGUACACUCCAACUUCUCCUCAACACCACUGGGAAGGAGAAGGUUAUUUGGACGAUUUCGGAUAGUCACGGAGACAAGUGGCGAAAGAAGAGCAUCACAAUACUAAGCCUCAUGCCUUAUAGGAUAGUCAUCCAGGGUAUCCGUGGAGACGGUUACCGUAGCGACAUCGCCAUAGAUGACACCACUUUAAGACCAGGAGCCUGUGAUGGCGACUUAAAACCACCCGCGGACGAGAACAAGAUUCCAAUGCCUCCGUGUAUGAUGUAUUGCGAGUCACUGUCCUCUGGUGACGUCAUCAAAGUCGUCGUGAAGGAUGGCACACGUUGCUACGAGAACCCGUCAAUCAAAGACGUGUGUGUCAAAGGGAGAUGUCAGUCUGUUGGUUGCGACGGGAAACUUGGAUCCUUCAAAGUAUAUGAUAAUUGUGGACUUUGCGACGGUAACAACGACACAUGUACAGUGAACAAUGGAACAAUUAGCGUCAAGGCUGAAGACGACCAGGAAGCCCUCUUUGAAUGCCCAGUGGGCGCAACGAACAUACUGGUGCAAGAUUACUCCAAGUCUCCAAAUUUCUUCACGGUGCAGAUUAUCGGUAUGGUGAACGAGACACUUCUCGACGGCAACGCCUCUGCCCCAGGAAUCUACGAGAUCGCGGGCACCAGUUUCUUGUACUCUCGUAAUGACGAGGUCGAAAAGCUGCUUGCGCUUGGUCCACUCAAAGAAGGUGUUGUUGUCAAGGCCAGGAAAAAGAACAUAACGAGUAACACACCCAUUUUCAUGAAGUACGAAUACUACAAACCGAACAAGGAGCCCACUGUGUAUGUGUGGAGGCCAGUUGGAUGGUCGGAAUGCUCUGUUCCAUGUGGUGGAGGUAUGCAGAAACGAAUUUACGACUGUUACCGCAAAAAAGACAGCAUGAUGGUUAAAUACAAACUGUGUUACGGGGUUACUAGACAAAAGCCAUGGAAAAGAAAGUGUAAUACCAAGAUCUGUAAGGCCAGUUACUUCUGGCGAACAUAUCAAUGGAGCCAGUGUUCAGUCACUUGUAGUAAUGGAAUCCAAGUGCGUGACGUCAAAUGUAUAUCUUCCAAAUAUGGAGAGCCCAAUAAAACAGCAUCAGAUUCCUAUUGUGGCGAAGACAAGCCGCUGACCACUAGAAACUGCAUUAGGGGCGAGUGCUUGGCAAUGUGGAAGGCGGGGCCCUGGGGCGAGUGCUCGAAGACGUGUGGCAGAGGUCUGCAAACACGCACUGUGGAAUGCUUUGACCGGGAUGGAAAGCCGUCAUUUCUCUGUACAGAUGAGUCCAGGAUGAGGUCCACUAAACAUUGUACCUUAAACGACUGCGUGGAUGACAACCCAGUGGUUCUCGGAAAUCUGUCUUGUACAUUUGAGGCGGGUUACUGCCGAUGGCGAAAUUCACGCGAUGAUCAGUUUGACUGGCAGCUGCAUUCUGGGGCUACACUCAGCCGCUAUACGGGACCCAGCUACGACCACACUUUCCGGUCGCACAAACUCAAAGGCAAAUACAUCUACUGCGAAGCCUCUGCACCUCAGAACUUUAACGAUCGAGCUCGCUUGCUCAGUCCUACCAUACAUCUUAGCAAACUUUGCCUGGAUUUCUGGUACCACAUGCUGGGCGAAAAGAUGGGCGCGAUAAAUGUCUACCUGGAAACGGACGCGGGUCUGACCAGACUUUGGUCCAGGAAGGGGAACCAGGGAGGACGUUGGCAGAACGCUAUGAUGCAGAUAUCUAGUUCUACGAGCUAUAAGAUUGUUCUAGAAGGUGUCAGGGGACCGGGCUAUUCUAGUGACAUGGCGAUAGAUGACAUCACAGUCUAUAGAGGAAGGUGCCCGGAUUCCAAGUACUAUCGCCCAGAGUGCGUCGAGGACCGGUCACGUUAUUGUAAACUCGCCGUACGAUUCGGAUGGUGCUCUUCGUCCGUCUGGGGUAACAGGUUAUGCUGUAGGUCAUGUUCGAAGACAAUAGCCAGGUUUGCUCAGCAAAGGAUGACCUAGGCCACGUGCCAAGCCAAGGGAAGGGACAACGGUAAGAUAGCGAGUAAUAGCCAGGCAGCAAGUAUCAAGGUAUACAUACUAAUGGUUGGGAAAUUGGUAAAUAGAGCGGGUAAUAGCCAGGUUUGGCAGAGGCUGACUUGGCCAAAUAAUAAGCUAUAUAUAAGGGAUGGGUAAAGAUGGGUAAAGAUGGCCCGUAAAGACGGCGAGUAAUAGCCAGGCUUUUUUGCAACAGAGGCUGACUUGGGGCAAGUAUCAAGCUAUACAUAAGGGAGGUGAAUUACAGUAAAAGAUAGCGAACAAAUAUACAGGUUUACCCAACAGAUAUCCAGCGCUAUUGAGCUUCCUUUGGGGAAAGGGAGAUAAAGAAGGCUUACAAAUAAACCGAAUAUAAAUCUUUUAAUCUUGGUGAGGAGAGGGAACCCUCCCGCCUUUCUUUCAUUUUUAUCUUCGCAUCUCAUUUGCAUAGUUUAUCAUAGCCUACGAAAUCACGCGUCACGUUUAGCUGGAUCAACGGGCUUUGAUGAUAACUUUUUCUUGAUUCGGUGCUCCCUAAUCAUUCCUUUUUCUGGAAAGCCUUACCACAGGUACCAGGAGAUCAUCCUCGGAAACCAAGGGCGUCGAGGUCGAAGACGCGAGAACGAGAAGGGAACAAGGCCGGCGGAGGGGACGGGGCGGUGAGAAGAAACCGCCGUCUCGCUCUCGCGCCUCGUUACGCUGACCGCGACGCCCUGGGUACCAGAGGAUGCGAGAGGGUAAAAUCUUAAUAGUUUUAGGUAGCAAGAUCUUAUGCUCUUUUGCGUUGUCUAGACAUGUGAUUUAUGGAACUUUUGACAAUCAAGCUCAAUCAAAAUCAGAACCAUUUGCAUUCGAUGAGUUCAACAUUGAUGAGAAGUACUUGGAUUAUGAAAAAAACUUUGUCUGAAAUGUUCGAAUUAUCAUCGAACAAAGUCGUUCGAAUUGAAUCAGUUGAUUUCAUGUUCAUGUUCGGUAAUCGUGCUCAUCAGAAUGUCGAUCGAUUGAGUUCGAUUAGUAUUGCGGUUCCCCUACAUCGUAUUGAAGAUGGCCGACAUGCCAUGAUAUUGUACAAAGUAAUGACAAUAUAAAAUUACAUAAAACAUUCUAGAAGUAUAUAUAGGUCAAAUCAAGGUUUUUCACGGUCAAGGCAAAUUAUUGUACAGUGAUGAAAGCGAAUUAACUUCAACAUAUUAUUGUAAAGACUGCUUUAAAUGUAUGGGUCUUCAAGCUAAAAUAAAGAAUAUUACAUUUUAACUAUGA